AUGAAAAUUCUUGAUUCUGAAAGUGUCUUGAGUGGAGGGAAGCUUCACCAAUGUGUUGUUCUACCGGUUAAUGUUUCUAUAGUUGCCGAUUCCUUAAAGCGGAAAAACCAAAACUGGAUUGCCAGGGCUAGUUCUGCUAAUGAUUUAAUCAUACAAGUUGGUGAUUCUAGCUUUCACUUGCAUAAGCUUGCCAUGGUCUCAAGAAGUGAGUAUUUGAACAGACUUGUCUUUCAGAGAAGAAGCAACAACAAAGAACCGAAUAAUAUUGAUACUAUUCAAAUAGACAAUCUUCCAGGUGGUAAAAAAACAUUCGAGUUAAUUGUCAAAUUCUGUUACGGUUGGAAAUUCGACGUGACACCAUCCAACAUAGCUUCAUUAUAUUGUGCUGCAAAUUUCUUAGAAAUGAGUGAAGAUAUUGAGAGCGAAAAUCUCAUUACCAAAACAGAAUCAUUUUUCAGUUUUCUAAUUUUAACUUCAUGGAAAGACACAUUUCGUAUACUCAAAAGCUGUGAAUCAAUUUCACAUUUGGCUAAAGAGUUACAAUUAGUGAAACGUUGUUCAGAAGCUAUAGCAUGGAAAGCAUGUGCUGUUCCAAAACUUGAAACUAGAGUUGAUGCUUGGUGGUUUGAAGAUGUAUCGCUUCUACGUAUAGAUCAUUUUAUCGAAGUGAUUCAAUCUAUCAAAAAAGGUGGAAUGAGAUCGGAGAUUAUAGGUUCUUGUAUAGAAUUUUGGACUUUAGAGUGGUUUUCUAAAGUCGCACUUGGACUUGAUUCUAAUGCGAGACAUGAACACGUGACGAUUCAGUUAAAUAAAGUUUCAACGGAGUGUUUGAUUAAAAUGCUUCCUAUUGAAGAAAAUUCGGUCUCUUGCAAUUUUUUGCUUCACAUGUUAAAGGCAGGUGAGGUGUUGAAAAUCAAUCAUGAGUUGAUGUAUGUGUUACAAAGAAGAGUGGUUUUGAUGUUGGAGCAGUGUUGUGUUCAAGAUCUUUUGGUUAAAAAUUAUGGAGAUGAAGAUUGUUUGUAUGAUGUGGAUGUUGUUGUAAAAGUGUUACAAUCUUAUGUUUGUGGGAUGUCAAGUAAUCCUGCAGCAAAAGUUUGCGCUGUUGGAAGGUUGGUGGAUGGUUAUCUGUCACAGGUUGCAAGGGACCAGAAGCUCAAAGUGGAAAGUUUCAAAUUGCUUAUUGAAGCCUUGCCACAAAAUGCUAGAGAAUGUGAUGACAAUCUCUAUAGAGUCAUUGACAUGUACCUUAAGGCACAUCCAUAUUUGACAGAAGAGGAUAGAGAAAAUGUGUGUAGUGUACUAGAAUACCAUAGAUUGUCACAAGAAGCGCGUCAACAUGUAAUGAAGAAUGAUAGACUUCCGAUUAAACUAUCAACGCAAUUUGUCCUUCUAGAGCAAGUGAACACGUCGUGGACAAUGGCAAGUAAUGGAUUUAAUUACCAAAGAAAAACUCAGACAAACAUCAGGGUAAGCAAAGAUUUUGAAAAAAGACAGAUGAGUCGAGAGAUAAGAGUGAUGAGAAAAGAUGUUGAAAUGAUGAAGUCGCAACUGUUGGAUCUAAAUACUUGCAAAAUGAAGCUCCAAAAGCAAAUGAAGAUGUGCACUAGUUGA